AACUUAGAAAUUUUUAUCUAGUUGUAAUAACCGAGAAGUUUACGACAUUGGUUUCUGCUUUUAAGUGGACCAAAAGUGGUUUCAAAUCUUUCCGAGUGCAGCAAACAAUCUUUGACACUUCCACUAGAAAGAACAGAAGAGCAUUCUCAAUAGGAGAUAGAACAGAAGAGCAUUCUCAAUAGGAGAUUAUGGCUUUUGUAAUAAACUUCUCAUACAUCACCCCACUGGUUUUCUUCAUUCUUUCACUUGUGUUUUUGCAUGAUAUUGUGCAUGCUGAUCCUCCCUAUAAACUCUGUCAAGGCGAAAAUUUUACAGAGAAUAGUGCGUUUCAGAUAAACCGCGAUGAUCUUCUUGGUUCUUUAUCCUUAAAUGCUGCUUCUCUACCUAAAUUCUACAAUACUUCCUCUGGAAAUGACAAGAAUACAGUUUAUGGUCUUUUUCUCUGCUACAAUUAUGUCAAACAUGAUGAAUGUACAAAAUGCGCGGAAGUAGCUACUAAAGACAUCAGAAACCUUUGUAAAACAUCAAAGGAGGCACUAUUGUGGUCAGAAAACUGUCAGCUGCGCUACUCAGACCAGAAGUUCUUCGGCCUUUUGGAUGUUGCUGAUAACGUGAAACAAACUAACCCGAAGCCAUUUUCAGAUCCAGGACGACUUCAAUCAAUCCUGAAUCCUGUUUUACUCAGUAUGAGCAAGCUAGUGGCUUCUUCAAUUGAUAUGGUUGCUACUAAAAAUAUAUCCUUUCCAGGUGAUAAUCCCAUCUAUGCAUUUGCACAGUGUACUAAAGACUUAUCUUCAGAGGACUGCAAUACAUGCCUUAGAGCUGCAAUAUCAAACAUUUCAAGUUGCUGCUAUUCUUACCGUGGAGCAAGACUUUUUAGUCGUAGUUGUUUCUUAAGAUAUGAGUUCAAUAAUUUUAUUGAUCUAGACGAUGGUGGUAUUACAGUACCUGAAAUUCCAAAACACAGUGAUGGAAGAAACAAGCAGAUGAUAGUAGCUCUCAUAUUUGGAGCCAUGGCAGUAGUCAUAGCGGUGAUUAGUUUCUACCUUUAUUGUCUUGCACCGAGGAAACAAGCUAGCAACAGUAAUGCUCAUAAUAUAGGGAAGGGCAGAUUUUUUCAUCAGCAAGUUCAGUUACCUGAAGCUAAUGAGCACAGUGACACAUAUGCAAUGCUCCAAAAGUUUCAAGCUCUGAACAACCUAGAUCCUCAAGAAUUUCCCUUUUUUCCUAUGGAGUCUGUGCUAGUAGCUACAAAUGAUUUCUCUGAUUCUAACAAGCUGGGACAAGGAGGUUUUGGUCCUGUUUACAAAGGCACUCUACCUACUGGCGAGAAGAUAGCAGUCAAGAGGCUUUCAGCCACCUCCACUCAAGGUUCAGAUGAAUUUGUGAAUGAGGUUCUACUGAUCUUUAAAUUGCAGCAUAAAAAUCUGGUCAGGCUCUUGGGCUUUUGCAUAGACAAGGAGGAAAGAAUACUGGUUUACGAAUAUAUGAGCAACAGCAGUCUGGAUUUAAUUCUUAAUGAUGAAAGUAAACGAGCACAAGUCAGUUGGACAGUACGUCUAGAUAUUGUAAAAGGAAUUGCACGGGGAAUGCUGUAUCUUCACCAGGAUUCCCGUCUUAGAAUCAUUCAUAGGGACCUAAAACCAAGUAAUGUGUUACUGGACAAAGAAAUGAAUCCAAAAAUCUCAGACUUUGGAAUGGCAAGGAUCUUUGGAGGUAGUGACUGUCAAGCCAACAGCACUGCUAAAAUAGUUGGAACAUAUGGAUACAUCGCUCCAGAGUUUGCAAUGGAGGGCCUGUACUCCAUCAAGUCUGAUGUUUUCAGCUUUGGUGUACUAUUGCUUGAAAUUAUAAGUGGCAAAAGGAAUGCUGAAUUUCAUAUCUCAACAAGAACUAAAAGCCUCCUGUCAUAUGCAUGGGAACUAUGGAAUGAAGGAAAAGGCAAGGACUUGAUGGAUCCACUAUUGGCUGAUGCUUGCAGCCUCGACGACUUUUUAAGAUGCAUGCAUAUUGGAUUAUUGUGUGUUCAAGAAGAUUCAUAUGACAGACCAACCAUGCUAUCUGUUGUUAUGAUGCUAAACUGUGAAACGACAGCUCUUACUCAACCUGAACGACCAGCGUAUUCUGUUGGAAGAUUGCCUCAUCACCAAAAGACAUGUUAUAACAAUUUGUCCAUCAAUGAUCUAUCCAUUUCUAAUGCAUAUCCACGGUAGAGGAGCUGGUGCUAAGCCUGAAGUAUUUGUAUUUAUCAACAAAUUGAUGUCAAUACUAGUGAGGACCAAUUAGAUGACUGUGAUCUAAAUUUAAUGCCUUAAACUUAAAUGUAUAUAUAACAAUCCCAUAACACAAGUCAUUUCAUCUUGUUUAGUAUGUUA